AAAAGCGACUCCCUGGGCUCGAUUAUCUAUCAAAGUUCAUUUAACUUUCUUGCCGAUCACAUACAUUGGAAAGUUCUUUUACCGUACGGCGUAGGAAAAGUAGUUCCAAAUGAAGUAUAACGCAUUCAUAUUUGUCCUGCUGGCUGCCUUGGUGCUGUGCGCCCAAGCCGAACCUGAACCCGAACCCAAACCAGAGCCAGAACCCGCCAAAGGUCAACGCGCUGCUUUCCCACGCUUCCGUUCUGCCGUUGAUGUGAAAGAAGCUCGCAACACCGCAAAUGUUGAGGAUGAAAGUGACGCCGAAGCCGAUGUCGAUGCUAAUGCCAAUGAAAAUGCCGCGCCUAAUAAGGGUUCGAACGCCUCCAGUGGCCGUUUGUUUUUGAAGAAAUUCUUACUCUUUAAGAACAUGUUCGGUCAACAACAACAACAGCCCGUCAUUCCAAUUAUCAUUGCCGGCGGUCAAGGUACUGGCACUGGUUCCCCAACAUACGGCACUUCACCAUCAUACACCACAGUCACCUCCACCGGUUCCAUACCAACAGCAACGGGUACAAUCAGCACCUCACCCACAUCAUCCGGACGUAACGAUCCACUCGAACGUCAUGAGGAACAGGCGCUGGAAGACGCUGCAGCUGCGGUGGAUGAACAGGAAUUGCAAGCAGCACUCGCUGCCGGCGCACAAGAGUAUGUCGUGACAGAUCAGGAGAUCCGCGGCACUUCGGAAUCGAAGGCUUCCAAAGCUCCAGCACGUGUGAAUCUUCGUCGCCCUGGCGGUAAGAAGGGUCAAAUGGUGACAGUGCGCAUUCCAGCGAAAUAUCGUAAAUACUUCAAGAACGGUCAGAAAGUGAUGCUGAACACUAGCAACCGGCCAAACAAGCGACGUGGCGUGCAGAAGAAACGCAUCAAUCGUGUACGCAGGCGCAAGGUUGGCGGCAAAAGACGUCGCGUCAACAACUAAAUUCAAGCAAUCAAUCAAAGUGUGUACAAUACACGUACAUAUGAGUAAAUGCUAUAGAAAGGAGUCAAAAUCUUGCAUUAUAGUGUAUAAUGAA